UAAAAAAGACACAGACAAAUUAAAUUUAAUAUACGAUUCCAUUCUUAAUAUCAUAUACGCUUCUUCUGAAAUAAUAUACCUCUCUAGGUCACCGCUACUGUUUUGAUACCAACACAGAGAAUUUAGUACGUAUUGAAUUCUCGAUCGACACAUAUCGUUUCUCGACUCACCACACGACUUAAUUUCAACGUAUCUGUGUAAUAAAGUAAAGUUCUGUGGUGUGUUUAAGUUGACUAAUUUUCUCUAGAUAUGAGCAUCUUUCUCAUUAACGGAUUCUUCUUACUGUGCUUCGUCGUGGCCACAAUACCGGAUGUUCUGGUGCUGGGUUCACCAAAAGCCGCGAAAAUAAUGGACCAGAAUCCGCCACCGACUAUGUGCACUUACAGUAGAACUAAUUCUAUAUUGAAAGCGCGGUGCUCCAAAUUAAAAUCGAACAAAAUUCCGUUAGAUUUGAAAGCAGACAUACAGGUACUGGAUAUUAUUGAGAACCACUUGAUCGAACUGAAGAACGGCAGUCUGCAUCCUUACAAAGAGCUGAUCUUCAUCUAUCUACGUAACAAUUGGAUUAUUAAUAUUGAAGAGGCAGCUUUCGCCAAUCAGCCUUACCUGCAGUUGCUAGAUCUGUCGCGAAAUCUUUGCUACACUCUCCCCAAAAGUCUCUUCCAAUUGCCGUAUCUUUGCACGCUCUACCUCGACUACAACAGGCUAACCGAUUCCGUGUUCAAGAUGAAGGUGACCUCGCCCCUCAGACUGCUGCAGCUAUCCAAGAACUUCCUAACCGUGAUCCCAAACAUAGGCGUCCAGCCGACUCUCCUUAAUCUCAACGUGUCCGACAAUUUCAUCACUUGGGUCAGUACCGAGGAUCUGGCGCCGUUCUGCUCGCUGAAGGAGCUUGAUCUGACCGGAAAUAGAAUUAGAUUCAACGAGGGUAGCUGUGAUUGCCAGGCCUUUAACGCCUGGGUAAAGCUACGACAAAUCAAGAUGAAGCCCGAUCUCUACAAAUGCACCGAUUCACCGGCACUGCACAAGGCGUGCGCCAAAGUGAGAUUUAGCAAUCGGACGUACGAGCUGUUCAACGAGUGCUCGGCCAUGAUACCGCAGAAGAUGGAGACCGAGGAAGUUGAAGCGGUCUGGAUACACGUCGCCUCGUGGAUCUCGGUGUACCUCAUCGUGGUCUUUGUGGCGUUGUUUUGCGUGUACAAGCGGUACCGUAGGCGGCGCAGAAGGCAUUAGGAGCAGCAACAGCAAAUAGCCUUUUGACCAGUUUUCGUCAUGAUCAACAAAAGCGUUAUUAAUUAUCAUCUAGAAACCGGAAAUGUCGAAUAAAAUAAAUUAGACUGUUAACGGUACUUAUUGUUGGAAAUUACAUUAAACUUUUAAUGAAAAAAAAAAUGAGAAAGCAGCUUUUAACGAGAGUAGAAGACUCUUCCGCGGAGAUUAAUAUAUUUACAUAAAAUAUAAACGCGUUAACUUAUAAAAAAUUUAUCAAUGUUAUUAUAUUGUGUUUGCGUACAUAUAAUGAUUACCAUAUUUUUAUAUAAAAAUCUAUGUGAAUGUGCGGAUUUUUCGAUAAACUCUUUGCGUAUUUAAACGAAUAUUAUAUCACUUUCAAUAUUAUAUACCUUUGACAGCGAUAUAUGUACGAAGAAAUGUCGGCGUUAAUUUCUUUGAUGUCGGUCAAAUAAACUUCUCGAAAGCCGAUCACUCAAUGUCGUCGCGUGCUUUUUAUCGAUGCAAUAGCGAUUUGUUUUGCAACAGUUUUUUAAAAUUGUUUACUCCGUGUCUUACGAUUGUUAGUGGUAAUACUUAGUUUUUUCAUACAACUGGCGUUUGCAAUCAUAAAUUUAUAUUAUAUAGACAAAAUGUAACUCGCUUUUUAAUGUACCUCCAUUGAAAAUGACCAUGAAAAAUGGUCGAAACGUUCGAAAAUUUAAUAAAGAGUAAAUUUGUUUGGCGUA